ACCCCGACUAAACAAGCAAGUGAGAGAAGUGACAGAGAUCUGAGCUUGAGUCUGAUGGACCGCGAGACGUGACAGAACACAGAUGCCGGAAAGAGAGAGAGAAAGAGAGGAACAGAGAGAUGAAGAACAGAAGACGAUGGAUGAAAGUUCUUCAGAAUCUCAGACAACACAUUCACAGCCCGAAUCUGAGCCGCAAAACAUCAGUCCCCGGAACAAGCGCCGCAAACUCCUAUUGUUCCUGUUUGGCUCCUCCCUCGUUGCUAUGGUCAUGUGGGUUGGCUUCUACUUUCACCAUAGGCAGACUCCGCCCACCACAUCCUCGCAGGUGGCCACGCCCUGUCUCUCCCCUGCAUGUCUGAGAGCUGCCAAACAUGUCUCUGUUGCCUCGGACCCCUUCUCUCGACCCUGUGACUACUUCCUGUUUACCUGCAGGACAGAGGAUGACCCUUCCAGCCAAAAGGGACGUCAGAGGGGCAGGUUUCUUGACCCCGGUCUCGUGGAAGGAGGGGAGCGGAGAGGGGAAGAUGAAAAAAGGCCGGAUGCGGAGGGCGCGGGGGAGGAGAGGGGCAGUUUUAGGGACAGGUUACGGGACAGGCAGACGACACUGCUGCAGUCAAUGAGAGAAAUUCUGGAAUCGUCGCCGAGUGUUGUCUCCAUGGAAACGGUGGCGGAGAAAGCACGGAGAUUCUACCGGACCUGUUUGGGCCACAAGGCUUCAGAGAAAAGAGAAUCAGAGUCGUUUCUCAGACUCAUAGAACAGUUGGGUGGAUGGCCCGUGUCUGGCGUGUGGAGUCAGACUGGUUUUAACCCCACCCUGUCUGUGCUGAUGGGAGAGUACAACACAUUUCCAUUCUUCAACGUGUACGUGGGCAGAGACCCAAACGACACUGACCGUGUAUCCAGUGAGGCUUAUGUACAGAUUGAUCAACCAGACUUUCAGUUUCUCAUUGAAUGGAACAAUGUAACGCAGAAAUCCAAAAUCAGCAGUAAGUCUUUGCGGGCUUUCCUGGGCACCUGUCGUCAGUACCUGGGUCUGCUGGGUGUGGUGGAUCCCAUGUCUAUCAUGCUGCACUGUGGGCAGUACAUCUCCCUGUCCACUCACCUGGUCACUGCCAUCAAACCACUGCAUCACCGUCUGCACAGUCAACUACUCUACCAAAGAAUGACCGUCACACAGCUACAGACUCUGGCUCCUGCCAUUGAUUGGCUGGGCUCCCUACAGGCAACCUUCCGUCCCAUCCCUAUCAACCAAUCAGAUUUGAUCUUCGUACAUAACCUCCCUUACAUCAUCCAUAUGUCUAAGACUAUCAGCCAGUGGCAGGAACAGCGGGGGCAGGAACAGGAGACAGGGGGCAGUGGUCACCUACACACGUACAUGAUCCUGAGUGUCCUGCAGACCCUCUUACCCGCCUUAGACUCGAGAUUUGCUGCCAUCCACAGGAACUUCUCCAUUGCCUCUGGCCACAACACAGAGGAAGACCCUGACUGGAGACAGUGUGUCAUGGAGACAGAGAAAGGAUUCAGUUUAGUCCUCAGUCAUGUGAUCAGAGGGAACAUCGGGCAAAAAGAGGCUGAAGAACUGAUUCGAGAUAUAUUCUCCAGCGUUAAAAUGAAACUGGCCAACGCACAGUGGAGGGAUACGAAAUCCCGUGCCUCUGUUUUGAGUAAGGUUACAUCUCUCAGCCCGAGGAUGUUGACAAAAACAGUUCCUGGUCAAGUGAAACUAACUGAACUGUACACUGAGGUGGUUUUGAGUGAGGAAGACUAUUUCUCAAACUACUUGCAGCUUCUUCGUUUUCAGAGGAAGAGAAGGAACAGACUUUUCUCUUGGUCAUCUGAAUCUGACAUUCUGUCCAUACGACCGUUCCUCUCUGGGAAUGACAUCAUCUUCCCCCUCGGAAUGUUUGUGACUCCUCAGUUCCACUCUUCAUAUCCAAGAGCACUGAAUUAUGGGAUGCUGGGGUUUCUGAUGGCCAAAGACCUUCUUCGCCUUCUGCUUCCAGACAUCCACGUGCAGGAGAACAUCUCGGGGGAGGAGGGUUCGUGCGUGUGGUCGGAGUUUCUGAGGAUGACCAAAGGCCCAGGUCGGGAGGAAGAGUUCUACAUCUCUCCGUCUGAGAAGCAGGAGCUUUGGCUGCAGCACUCCGCCCUGCAGGUGGCGCUGCAGGCGUAUAGUACUAGCUUACUGAGGAGGCCAAGAGAUACAUCUCUGUCUGGGCUGUCUUAUACUCGACUGUUCCUCUCCUCCUUCACUCAGGUGAGCAGCUGUGACUCUGAUCCGAACAAUAUCUUCAUGCCUGUUGAACCUUCUUUCCUGGCGACGGUCGUGUGCGCGAGUUCCCACGUCUGUCCUAAAUCGUUAACCUGCUUAUCAAAACAAGGAUAUAAACCGCACAAGUGCUGA